AUGUGGAACAUUCCUUUUUCUCGAGUCGCGUGGCUCGCUCUUCUUCUCCCCGCCCAGACUCUCGCUGGCGAUACCCUCAGUACCAACGGCCUUUCCACCUGCUUGGCCGAUGCCGAUAUCAAAGUCAACACCCUUCAAGUCACCUAUACCAAAUCGACAAGGGAAGUGGUUUUCGACCUCGCCGGAACCAACGCCAAGGAACAGAACGUCACGGCAGCUUUGACCGUAUACGCAUACGGUAAUCAAAUCUACAAGAAGGCCUUCGACCCCUGCACUUCCGAGUACCAUAUCGAUCAAUUAUGCCCUGUCCCAGCUGGGCAUUUUGCGGCUACCGGGUCACAGCAAGUCCCAGAAUCCUUCGCCAGUCAGAUUCCAUCCAUCGCCUUCAGCGUUCCAGAUUUGGACGGACAGGCCAAAUUAGAACUGAUGUCCAAGUCGGGAGGUGACGAGGUCUCCUGUGUUCAAUCCCAAUUGUCCAAUGGUAGAUCAAUGCACGUUAAGGGUGUUUCAUAUGCUGCUGCGGGUGUGGCAGGUGCUGCCCUUGCUAUGAGUGGAGCUUCCGCCGUGGGUGCUGCCAGCCAUGCUAGUCUUGCUUCAACUAGUCCAGGCUUUGGUGAUGUCAUGGGGUGGUUUCAUACCAUGGCCACCAAUGGCAUGCUCAGUGUCAGCUAUCCGACGGUAUAUCGCAGUUUCGCAAAGAACUUCGGUUUCAGCACUGGUCUCAUCCCGUGGGGCGAUAUGCAACAGUCAAUCGACAACUUCAGAUCGACUACUGGCGGCAAUCUUACACAGAACAGCUACGAGUUCCUUCGAAAUGCGACUCUAGUCUAUUCGAACGGAUCAUCAACGUCUACAACGAGCUCUAAAGUCAAACGCGGAUUAAAUUUGAUUGUUGGCGUCUCGGAUCUUGCCGUACGCGAUGUUUCAGGCUCGUCCGACGACACGUCUUCGAGCAAUAGCAGCAGCGAUAGCAGCGGUAACGAUUUCCACCAUUUCGUCUCCGGAAUCGAAGCAUAUGCGGAGCAGCUUAGUGUCCCUCAAGCAAACAUCUUCAUGACGGUCCUACUGGUCUUCGCCAUCGUGGUGGCUGCCAUCACCGUUGGCAUUCUACUCUUCAAGGUGAUUCUCGAAGUGUGGGCAAUGUAUGGCACCUUUCCGGAUAAGCUCACCAAUUUCCGCAAAGACUACUGGGGUCUUCUGGCCCGAACUAUCACCAACUUGAUUCUCAUUCUUUACAGUAUCUGGGUCUUGUAUUGCGUUUAUCAGUUAAGCAGUGGCGAUUCCUGGGCAGCUAAAGUCCUUGCCGCCAUCACUCUCACAGUGUUCACCCUGCUCUUGCUCUUUUUCGUCUACCGGAUCUCACACUUGGCACGCAAGUACAAGAUGUCUGAAGGUGACGCAUCCAGUCUAUUUGAGAACAAGGAAACCUGGCGCAAAUACAGUCUCUUCUAUGACAACUACAAAAAGGACUAUUGGUGGAUCUUUGUUCCCGCAAUUGCGUACAUGUUCGUCAAAGGCUGUAUUCUGGCUGCCGGCAAUGGUCAUGGGCUUGCUCAAUCCGCCGGUCAGCUUAUUGUCGAGUCUCUCAUGUUGAUUCUUUUGUUGUGGCAUCGUCCAUACGUUGCCAAAUCGAGCCAAUGGAUUAAUAUCACCAUUCAGGUGGUUCGUGUAUUGUCGGUUGCCUGUGUCCUGAUCUUCGUCGAGGAGCUUGGUCUUUCGCAGACCACCAAAACUGUCACCGGAAUUGUGCUCAUCGCUAUUCAAUCGGGAUUGACGGGUAUCCUCGCCAUUCUCAUUGCUGUCAACGCCAUCAUUCUCUGUGUUCGCGAGAAUCCUCAUGCUAGGCGCAGAAGGGAAGCCGAAAAAAUGAACCGUGACAUGGACGACCUUACUCCCUUGGACGCUCGGGAGUCACUUCUUAUAGAGCAUCCUCAACGUAAAGAGUUCACCGAGAUGAGCAACUUCAACUUCACCGGUCCUUAUGAACCAUAUCGGGACCAAGUUUACCCCAAGUCACGAUCAAGUCCUACGGGCAGUACUGAACGCUUGGUGGAAACUGAAGACCACGUCGACAAUCGGCAUGGCCGAAGUUUGAGCCGAGAAAGCAGCCAUAGUCGGGAUAGCCAUGGCUCCCCUGAUGGACGCCAUCCAACGACUCCUGGCUACGGGCUUGCUUAUUAA